GUUGUAGUAAUACUGUGCUGAAGGCUGAAGUGGGCUGAAAGCUGAAGACUAAAGGCAAAGUCCUUUUAAUUUAUUCUUGAUUCUAGCGCUAUGUUCAGAUAUUUUGUGACGGCUUUCACUGAUUUAUGUAUUAUUAAUACAAUUGCAGUUUUCACAAGUGAAAACCAUUCUAAUUAUAGUUUGUUCAGUAAUUUAUAUCAAAAACAUCAGGCACGUUACAUUGACAGCUCUGUGUUGCACGCCUCUACGUGGUUUAGUUUAGUUGUCCAGUACAGUAGCGUCAUAUACGCGCGUCUAGCUUGCUGGUGCCGUUUGUUGAACUUGACAGUUUAUAGUAGUUGCUGCAGAGGUUGUAGGCAUAUGGUUGUUAAUUUUUGUUCCUUACGAAACGUGGGUUGAUAGGUGUUCGAUCAAUUGCUGACAACAGGUUUUCAAGACCUGGCUAAUACCACCAAACACUAACUGCAAAGAUGGGCAGAACUUACUUUGUGGAAGACUCUGUUGAGCAGUACCUACAACACAUUCUUGACACGUCAGGGAAGGCCUGUGUCACUGGUCUUCUAAUUGGGCAGUGCUCCCCACAGAGAGAUUUUGUUUUGCUAGCUGUCCGGACCCCACCAAAGGAAACACAGAGUGAUCAAGUAGAUGAAGAAUGGGUCGUUGAACAUGCAACACAGGUGUCCCGAAUGUUGCCAGGAGGUUUAGCAGUCCUCGGCGUGUUUCUGGGUGCCGCCCCAGAACUGUCCGUUCAGGCCCAGAAUAUUCUGCGCAGGCUGGUUUUUGCCGUGGAGAAGUCAAUCACUAAGGCAAGACUGUGGAAGCUUGCUAAUGAUGAAGUUCAUGACAGAGUGGCACUUAAUAUCUCUUCAGAGACAAAAAAAGUACUGUGCAGGACAUUUGAUGUUAAAGAUCCCAAGAGCUCCGCAAAACCAGCAGACUGGAAGUAUCAAACUGGCCUGUCAGCCUCAUGGCCAGUACUGGAGUGUAAUGUUGAAGUAGAUCUGCAGAUACCUGUGCCUGCAGACUCCGCCAACAGAGAACUAGACAAAUGUAUUGAGAAUGGACUUAAGGAGUGGGUCAGGCUAAUACAACAGUGUUCUUGUAUUCUCAAUGGCAAAGUGAUGGGUCUGGAUAAAGAUCUCCUGGAUGGGACGAAAAAGAAAGCACCUCCACAACAAUUUGUCCAACAGCCGUUUGUUGUUCAGUUUCUGAGGCCUUCGAAAUUUAAAACAGAUGAUCGAUCCACAGCUUUGGUGCAAAAAAGCAGUGGAACAGUUGUUCUGAAGGGUGUUGUACAUUGUAAGGCCUACAUUCACACCAACAAACCAAAGGUGAAAGAUGCUGUUCAGGCCUUGAAGAGAGAUGUGUUAAACACAGUUGCAAUCCGAAGUCAGAUGCUUUUUGAGGACUUCCUCCUUAACCCAGAGGGUUACACUGAAAAAGGUGCCAGGACAGAGGAAUACCCGCUGCCCAAGCGAGUGUUUGUUCCACUUGCAGGGACUGGGGUCACGAUCUGUGACUACAUGUUUAAAGAUGAGGCUCCCAAAGACAUCCAGUUUAGAAUCAAGGAGUUGCUGGACUUGGAUGUGAAGGCGGAUCAGCUGGAUAUGUUGCUUGAAAUGGACUCAGCAAUUAAACUUGCCCCCAAGACCUCCCAUCCACAGAGCAAUAUUGUUGUGGCUGAACCUGAGACCUCGCGGCUACUGGGGAUAGUGUUUCCUGAUGACUAUAACUUCAUGCAGUUGAAAGUUGGUGUGGUGAUAGCUGCUGGGGUGGUCCUCUUUGCCGUAGUCUUUUCACUUUUUUUUUUCAGUGACUAAGCAAUAAAAUUCAAGGUAGUUUAAUAACAGGAUAACAGUCUUUUUUUCUGUUUUAAAAUAUAUUAGAAAAUAGAAAAAAGGGGUACCCUGUUACUGGGACACACUGUACAUUCAACAAAAGUCGCAUGGCAAACUACACAGGACUCUGCAGACCAGUAUUUACAUGUAGAGGUAUGGAAACCAAUCUAAGAGAGACAAUAAAGCCUGAAUGCUGAAGAAGUGUGUUCCGUUUCCUUUCAGAUUUAAAGAUCUGUCAGGACUUGCUCUAUAGCAGGGGCGGGAGAGAUAUUUUUUAAAGGCCGGCAGCAUGAAACUGAUUUGAAAACUGUGAGUGCUGCUCUGAUGAAUAUGCAAACUGUCAUUUCUUUGAAAGCAAUGUGACUGAAAGAAAUCAGUUCUGGGUAAAUUACUGUAAACUUUUAUGAAAAAUGUAUGUGGUUUUGUGACCAAUUGUGGCCUUUUCCAGAAACUUUGUGUUUUAAGGGUGAUUCCAGUAGCGAAUAAAAGCAAACACACCCUAUUCCGUAUGUGAUUCAUAUACUACACGCAAUUCCUUUUUAUUAGUUUACAUUUUUUGGGUGUAUAAUAGUUGGGUGUAUAAUAGUGCUAUAAUGUAACUAAAGGGAUCAUAGGGAAAGGGAAGUGGAAGAUUACAAGCUGUAUUUAUUUUAGAGGUUAAAACUGAAAAAGAAAUCUCAAACAAAAUAUUCUGAUGCAUAUUUGAAAAUGCUUAGAAUGUGAAAUAAUGGCUGUAUUGUAUUCAAGGAUACUUAUUUUACCCAAAAAAACAUUUUCUUCUAUAACACACAGCUGCCUUUAUUUAUGGUAAAUUAGAAAGCAUUAUGGCUGUUUUUAAUUUGCUUUUGCUUUCUAACUCUGUACAGUACAGUAUGUGAUUCCAAGCAGUUUCAAUGCAAUUAUGCAUUAUUAUCAGUAGAUACCAUGGAGAAGAAACCAUUUGUAGUUACACAGUUAUUGCAGUGUUAUGACAUAGUAAUGUAUGCUCCUUGAAGGGUACAUAAGGACCUUUUUGUUUUAUUGUGUUACAUGUGUUGCCACAACUGUUCAUGUAAGGUAUGUGUAUUGUUUUAUUUUUUUUAUUUCUUUUACAUUUUGACCACUUUUUUAAACUUUUAAAUUGCAUUCCCUGCCUCAAGAUGGCUUCAUAUGUACCUGCAUGGACCUCUCAGAACUACAUUUCCCAUCAUCCUCCUGCUCACAUAUGUAACUGAGAUGGAUUUACCAGUGACACAAUAAAAUAAAAAAGGUCCUUAUGUACCCUUUAAUAUGAAGUGAUUCCGACAUAUUUACAGAGGUCACAGAAAUAUUUUUAUUGGUUCAAAUAUUAUAUAUUGGUUCAAAUAUAUCCAUUAAUAUACAUUCCUUUGACUGGUCAGAUAUCUUAAAAACAGGAGGAUUCUAAUAAUAAGUAAACAAGUUAAUUUCAUAGUGUAAUAGACACACUUGUUCUGUUGUAAAAUUAUUUCAACUGAAAAAUGAUUUUGUUGACACCUUUAUAGUGCCUGUUAAUGUGAACCCUGUGUUUUGUAAUUUUCAAACCACAGAGUAUUUGUUGCAAUGUUUUCUUGGUCUGAUUGACACAGUGUGCAGGACCUAACACUUUAGGUAAUUAUAUAUUCUCAUGCCAAACAUCACACGCUCUGUAUUUGUUGAAAUAUACUGUGUAUGUUUGUGUGUUGUCCCCUACGACCCCCCUGCCUCCUAUGUUAUAUGUUAUAUUUCAUGUUCAGCACGUUUGCAAGUCUAAAGAAAUAUCCAAAUGUUUUAAUAAAUUAUUACUAUUCUUUAACAGUAUUUUCUUCUGCUGGCAAUAAAACGCA